GUCCGUUGUUUUCAUCCUCUUGUCCUUUUUAUAAACCAUCUCACUGCUAUGGCGGCGCGUUCCAUCCACAUAGUGCUAAGCGUCGCUUGGCAAGAUGCCGGUGAUACCACACGUGCAAUCGCAAUGGCCGUUGCUUUGCGGGAUAUGUGCCCGCCUGACGUUGAACUGAAGAUUGACUUCUUGUCCUGUGGCGCACGCUUUGAAUACCAGAUCACGGAUGCGGGAUUCAACAUUGUUCCAGCUCAACCACGUGUGAAAGGCAUCUCUGUGGCACAUGAUCUAGGAUGGGACUGGCCUGAGUUCUUUGGUUCGGAGGAGAUUGCAAAGUCGUUCAUUGAUGGCCAGCUCGCCGCGUUUAAGGAGCUGAAGCCAGACAUCGUGUUCCAUGGUAUGUGGGCUCCGGCUUCCAUCGCUGCACGGUUACUGGGAAUUCGAACCAUCAACUUCCUGCCGGUCCCGCUACACCAUGGAGCCUUUGCCCAUGGCCUUGUUCGCGAUCUGCCUGAUCUUAUUCCGCUGUUCACACGCCUUCCUCGGCCGAUCCGACAGCGGAUCGCAUGGUGGGCCAGCGGCUUGAUGAUCAAGGCUCCCAUUUUCCACCAGAAGCGCCUAGGUGCGGCAGCAGCGGCUUGCGGCUGGCCGAUUUCAGGGCCAAUCUCCCUCUUCGACAUGAAUAUGGCAGAUCUGAACUUGGUUAACGAUCAUCCUGUCUUCCAUCAAGAAUACCUACACCGCCUCCCUAAGAACAUAGUUCUCACAGGUCCAUUAUACGCACGGAGCGACGCCGAACUAGACGAUGAUAUCGCAAAACAUUUGACAAAGGGGCCUGGUCCGUCAAUCUUGGUCACCAUGGGUAGUUCUGGCACAGAAGAAUUCCUGUUCGAGGCAAUCAAAGCUCUCACAAUGAACCCGGAAGACGACUGGAAUGCCGUCGUCCUCGCUUCAAAGUCCAUCUGCGAUAUCAACAAGGCUAACGAGGUCGCGGGCGGAGAUUCACGUCUCCUUGUAACCGAUCGAUUUAUCCCUGCGUCCGCUGCAAACGCACUCGCGGACUUGAUUGUCACACACGGAGGCCAAGGAACCGUACAAUGCGCGCUAGCCGCAGGGAAACCCCUUGUCGGCGUUGCACUACAAGUCGAACAGCAAACAAACCUCGACAACACCAUGAAUUCCGGGGCGGGUAUCCGUGUGCAGAAGCAAUUCUGGAAAGCCAGAAACAUUCGCAACAACAUAUUAACAGUACUAAACGAGCCAUCGUAUGCUGCAAAGGCGAGGAUGCUGGCGGAGAAAUUGAACUCCAUGGACGGUGCGAAGACGGCGGCGGAGGUCAUGUGGAAUUUCAUCCUAGAACACCCGAUGGAAAAGAUGGAAGCUCCAUAGUUUCAUUGAUUAGGUCUUCCGGUCAGAUUGUAACAAUGGAUGUGUAGACGUGGGGGUCUUCAAGAGUUUAGGGUAUCGUCAUAGAUUUAGGCUGUCAUGAUAUAAACAUUACAC